AGGAGGAACAACGUUUUUCCGUCAUCCGGCCUUGGCAGUAUAUACGCCCUGAUUGGUCACUGUGGCGGUGUUGGAUCUUCAUCUAGCAAGUAGCCAUUGCUUGAAAACACCUCCACCACAUCCGAGUAAUCGCAAACAUAUCCCUGAGGCCAUAUCCGAGACCCCAGCACUGCUUCCCGAAGUAUACGACUGCCAGCAUUAAAGUGCGACAGAAGUCGCUAGCCGAGCACUCUCAUCAAUUGAUCAGAGAGGACUUCCGUCGGACGACCCCGAGUAGAGGCGUUGCCGGGAGGAUGGACACAUCAGAACCCUCUCUUAAAGGACUCUAUAAUGAAGCAAAGUCACAACAAGAAGGUCUCGAUGACCUAGACCCGAGAAGCUCAGCUUUCAAGACGACCUUGCAAUCCAUCAUCGACAAUUUCCGACGUUGUCAAGAACUUAUCCAGCAAUUGUCACUCUUCAGCAAGAAUGAGGAAGUGGAGGAUAUCUCGACGCAGGACCUCCAGUAUCUACUGGUAGAUUACGAGCUGGCAGAGACAAAGACAAGGGCGUACGACAGCGACCGGCAGUCAUCAUUACAGGAGUCAUCUCGGCUUCUGGAAAGCUUCUUGAGCCGGCUUGACCAAUAUGGACUAUUAGGAGCCUCCGAUCGCAAGCUGUAUGAGCGCUUCCUCGAGCAAAGAGACUCAUUCAGAAUAGUGUCUUCGACAAAUCCUGAGGAUAAACGAAAGAUCAAAAUCGCACGAUUUCAGGAGGAGAAAUCGUUGAAGCAGAAACUCGAGUACUUGAGAAGUGAAUCGCAAAAAAUCAACAUUGACGAUGAGACCGUUCGACACCUGCACUUGGCGGAGAUAGCCCUUGCUGUCAACAAAGCUUUUUCAUCAUUAGACAUGAUCAAUCAAGAAUUGGAAAUUGUAUCUCAUAUGCGACAAGCCGAACCAGCCCGAGCUGAUCCACCUCCUGACCAGAGAGCUCCUGCCAGAUCUAACGGCUAUUCUGAGCGCCUUGAUGGUCCCACAACACUGGGAGGGCUGGGAAGAAAGGGAGGUCCUCUGCUGAGUCCCAGUGGCAAACCACUUCAGCCAUUCACACUGACGGACAAACGCACUCAGCUGCAACAAGGUGUGUUCAGGCCUGAUCAUAGCCUGCCCACUAUGAGUAUCGACGACUAUCUUGAAGAGGAACGUCGCCGAGGAGGCAUCAUUGAUGGCGGUGGCAAUGCCAAUGCUCCUCAACCGGAGGCUGAUGAAGACAACCUGGAGCAGGUCGAUGCCGCCACGAUGAAAGCGCGUAACUGGGAUGAGUUUGUCGAGGCGAAUCCGAAAGGUGCUGGCAACACUCUCAACCGAGGCUAA